UUAAGGAUGACCUCCUUUCUUCUGGCCUAAGUGCGUCCCCUCCCAGUCCUACAAACAGAGACAACCCACCUACGGGAGAUGAUCGACGGCUGGGCUCAGAUCUCGACGCCGCCCUCCAUCCCUCACGCCGAUCCCAGCGGUUAAUGGCCGUCGCCUGCCUGGAGAUGGCUGGCGAAGGUGACACACCCGAGAAAUGCCGCGGUGCGCGGCGCCGACGGAUCGAGAUGUGCCAAUUCGUGUCUGCCGCCGAAGGCGCCUCCCCCCCUAGUUCGAGGAGGACGGGGAAGCGGCAGGAGGCCUUCCGGGAGUCGGAGCCCCUCGAAGGACAGACCGCCGGUAACGAAGCCCCUCUUCCUACCCCGCCGGCGAACUCGUCUUUGGUCACGACCUCGUCAUCGUCCCCUUCCACAGUCUCGGCAUCCGGCGGAGAACCUGGCCUUCCAGAGAUCGCGUCGAGUUCUCGGUCGGCGCCUGCGGUUGUGGAACCCUCGGUGGCGUACGGGAUUAUAUCACUGACCGGACGGUCGAGGGAGAUGGAGGACGCCGUCUCGGUCUGGCCGGGUUUUUUCCGGCCCCAAGGCAGCGGACCGCUCCAUUUCUUCGCCGUCUUCGACGGCCACGGCGGCUACCACGUCGCAGCACUGUGUAAGGACUGGAUGCAUGUGCUGCUGGCGGAAGAGCUCGGCCGGGAGAUGGCCGCAGCAACGGAGGAGGAGGACAUGGCUCGGACGAGGGCUGCGGUGGGACGGAGCUUCGCACGGAUGGACGAGCUGGCGCUAGCGGCCUGCGCGUGCGGUAAGAUAGGGUUGCCGCCCUGCGGCUGCGAGCGGUCGGGGAUCGAGUCGGAGAUCGUCGGUUCGACGGCGGUGGUGGCGCUUGUCGGUGUGGACCGGGUCGUUGUGGCCAACUGCGGGGACUCGCGGGCGGUGCUCAGCCGCGGCGGCCAAGCGGUGCCGCUUUCCUCCGACCACAAGCCGGACCGGCCUGAUGAGCUGGCGAGAAUAGAAGCGGCGGGCGGGCGGGUGAUAUAUUUGAAUGGCGCUCGCGUCCAUGGCAUGCUCGCCAUGUCACGGGCGUUAGGUGACAAGUACUUGAAACCCUUCGUGAUAUCCGAACCGGAGAUAUGCGUGGUGGAGAGAACAGCCGAGGACGAGUGCCUAAUCAUGGCCAGCGACGGGCUGUGGGACGUGCUGCCCAACGACGUAGCAUGUGACGUGGCUCGACGGUGCUUGGAAGAAGCAGACCGAUCAAGUGGCGCCGAAGAUGUCGAUGGCGGGGCCGCGACUGCUGGUGGACGAGAGCAAGAACAAGCAUCCGACGCGCGGUGCUCUCUGGCGGCGGUGCUGUUAGCCAGGCUUGCACUGGCGAGGAGAAGCGCGGACAACAUAAGCGUGAUUGUGAUCGAUUUGAGGAGGAAGUGAAAGAUAGUCCGAUUACAGACAUUGUUGUUUGUUUGUACGAACAGUGUUGUGACGACUGAAAGGAAGGGAUGUGUUGAAGGGAUCCCUCGACAAGCUAAGCUAUGUGUUGUAGGGAUAUAUGAUGUUGUACAGGCAAUGUGGGUACGAAGGCAAAUGGCAUCAAGCAAUGCUUUGUUUCUGCCAAUUUGAUAGUGUGUUGUAUUUUGCUUUUAUAUAACCACAUCUUGCAAAUCUAUUCUAUC